CUGGCUGCGUGUAUUGCAGAAGUUGUGGCACUAGUCGCGCUGUCCCCAGCCACAGUUUCGUUUGGACUAGGUACAUCCAGCUGGGAUACUUACACCAGGUUUCGUUAUCGUCACACCGUACUUGUUCGCUUAGGGAAUUAAAACAACUUUCACAAUGAGUAAGACACGGGACUUCUGCUUCCAUACGUCAAUAUGAUGGACAUCAAGCCCCUCAUCUCUUCCUCAGAAAGCCCAUGCGACAAAGCCCUCCUGUCCCUCCACUCCGUGUUUGCCCCGAAGGAUCUGACGAAUAUGAUCAUCGACGCCACCUCCCACAAUUCCAGUUCCUCAAUGCCCGUUUCGCCUAAGCAAGGGGAGACCAUCACCGCUGAGAGUCUCAGCAAGCACGAGAAGCAUGUCGUCACUUCCUCCAUGACCCCCACGUCGUGGGACCACAUCUCGUCGUCCAAAUCAUCCAUGCUGUCCUCACCCCCCCUCCCCACAUCCGCCCUGCUAAACAAAACCUGGGAGAUGUCACCCCCCAGGUCCGUGUCUCCGGCGCCCCAGACGGUGGGUGACGCCCUGGAAGCGGCUGAAAAAUUCAAACCUAGUCACAUGACCACAGAGUGUCAGUCCUGGAACAACAGCAACGGCACGGUCAGGACGCAGGCGUCGUCGACGUCAUCCUCCCAUCAUCUGUCAUCGUCCAUCAGAAAAAACUUGCCGGGCCACGAGGAGCCGGCCGUGUCGACAUCCGGCAUGUCGGCCAGAAACUGCGACCAGCCGGACAGCUCCCCCUCGCCCCAGUCCCAGCUCAACUCCAGCUUCGAGGAGUCGGAGACCUCAGCCGUGGAGACCAACAUGCAGCACGCCGACAACAUGAGCAGCCACAUGGACGCCAGCUUCGAGCGGAGGUCCCGGCGGAAACCGACGGUCGAGGACAUCCGGAGGGUCCGGCCGCCCAUCAUGGCGCCCUACGACAGCGAGGAGAGCGAGAUCGAGGACGACAUCCUGAACGAGGAGCUGAUGAGGCUGAAGAAGCUGCGAGAAGCCGACGAGGUGGACGGCGCGGCCAAGUCUGAACUGAGGCUGAACGGAGAGCUGCGCUACAAGGAGGACGAGGAGAACUUUUCCGCGGACCGGCUAUCGCGUCACGAGGCUGUCGACGGCAUCCCGGAGGACGAUGACGAGGAGAUGGAGCUGAGGUCUGAGAGCGACAGCGACGCGGAUAAAUAUUCCUACCUGAAGGACGUCCCCAUCCACAUCUACAACCUCAUGCACGAGGUCAAGGUCAACGCCCACGCCAUGUUCAUGAAAACCUUCAACUACCUCCAGCCUGAGGAGGCCAAGACCAGGCGAGACCAGUACCUGCUGCAGAUGUUGUCCAGUCUACGAGACAGGUGUCUGGAGGACGGCAUCAAGAAUGAGGUCAUCGCCUCCAUCUUGAAAGAUGUGGAGAGCGAGGUGACCCUGUUGGCCGAGGACUUGGAGGACAUCAAGAACCAGAGGUACUACUCCGACUCCGACAAGGACUCCAGCUUCAAUGACGUCGACUCCAGUGACGCCCACUUCCUGUCCAGGCCCGAGAACAAGCGCGAGAACGGGAGCUACAAGGACGCCCCUCCCCGGGACAUGGCCUACUCCCCCACCCACCCCCCGUCCUUCUUCAACACAACCAUGCCAUCCUCUAUACCAUCCUCAUCACCAUCCUCUACCUCCUCCCCCCCUGACGUCAAACCCAUCAUCGUCACCGUGUCGGCGGACAUGAAACAGCCGCCGCCCCUGAUAUCAUCCGGCGGGCUGCCGCCCCUCCACCCCCUGGCGUCCAACAUCAGCGAGACGGCCUUCAGUCCCAACAUGUUCGGCAACAGCAAGAUGCCUUCAUGGUUCCCCCCUGGCUUCAACAACAUGCCCCUCUACCCCUUCAGUCCCGGGGGUCCCUUGGAUCACGCCCUGGCCCGAAAGUUCCUGCCGUUCGAGGGCAAGCUAGGCGAGAACGUGGACAAGGACUACCUGAAGUGCCAGUUCUGCGAGCGGACCUUCCGGCGCCAAAAGAACCUGGAGAACCAUGUAGAGAACACGCACCAGGGCAACGGUCCUCUCAAGCCGCGGCGGGAGACUAGCGACAUGUACUUCAAGUGCUCACACUGCCCCUACACCACCAAACACCAGAGCAAUCUCUACGUCCAUCUGCGCAUCCACACAGGCGAGCGUCCCUACAUCUGUGGAGCCUGUGGCGUCCAGUACAGCCAGAGCCACAGCCUCAAGAGUCACAUCAUCAACAAGCACGAGGGCAUCAUGUCCUUCUACAUCAAGGAGAAGAGGACCCGCUCCCCCCGGGGCAUGGGCUACCUCUCCACCCAGGUCAUGCACGAGAACAGCAUCUUCAAGCUCCCCCCACCCCCCCUGCUCGGCCCGCCCCUCUCUCACAACAGCAUGGAUCUGGUCACCAAGGCCAUUGAGAUGGCCAAGUCGGAACAGCAGCAGCAACAGAUGAAGCAACAACAGCAAAACGGCGACAGCAAUGGGCUCAGAAACUCUAUGCCACCCCCUCUGACCCCCACCCCCACCAGCAACACCCCCAGCAAUACGACCCCCAGCAGUAGCAAGCCAUCGCCCAUGCCCGGGGCAGGCAGCACCAGUGGUAUCACGACCCCCACGCCAUCCAGCUCCAUGUUCAGCACCCCUGGGUCCGGCCCCCACCCCCCGUUCUUCAUGAACGGCCACCCCAUGUCCCCGCUGAUGUUCGGGGAGAUCCCUCAUCACUUACGUAACCCUGGUCAUCACUCUGGGCCCCACCUUUCUGGGGGACCCCACCUACCCGGCGGACCCCACCUGUUCCCCGGGUUCCCCCACUUCCCUCCCCACUCCUCCUCUGGUUUCCACAACGGCCCCGGCUUCUCCCCCCUCUCCGGCCUCUCCCCCAACACCAACUCAUCUGGCCACACCCCCAACUCCCACUCCCUCCCACCCCACCUCCUCCCCAUGCCCCACAUGUCGUCCUCCCCCAUCCCAAUGCUGCAGCACCAAAUCAAAAAGGAACCCCAGGCUCCCCCUGCCACCCCCAUCUCAUCCAAGCCACCAGCCAGGAGCCACUCUGACGAGGCCAUUGACCUGCGCAAGAAGUCCCCACCCCUGGAGAGCCGUGAGUCGUCCCACGCGCACGACCGCGGCUCCUGCGGGGGGAAGGAGAACUGUGCUCACGCGGCCAAGCUCAAGUACCUGCGACUCAACGUUGUGCGCAUGCUCGGUAUUCUCGUGCCCAACCUGAACUUUGCCGAGAAGGGCAUCAGCGCCGAGUCUGAGUCGGUGGACGAGCUCCUGCAAGACGUCAUAGAGAGCAACACCAUGGACGAGAUGAUGGACUAGCCACUGACCGGUGCCACCUUUCUGCUCCAUCAGAUUCUUGUCUGGUCAAGAUAGACAGGGUAGAUGCUAGUUCCAAAAAUAGACAGUUGCCUAGUUCUAGAGAAGUUCCCAUUCUCGACAGCUGCUAUGUUAACCCUUUGCUGGGCACGUUAACCCUUUGCUGGGCACGUUAACCCCUCUGCUGAACACUCCCCGGGGGACGGAAGAGGCUGUGAGAUCGUCUGCUAGAAAACCUAAGAAGUUCUGGCAUCAGUUUUUGGUGCCAGCUGACUCAGUCUGUGGCCGCUAGAUACUGGUGCUGCCCAACUUUUGCUAAAUCUUUUGACAAUUUCUGAACACGGGGCUUUUGGUGUGGGGUCUGUCCUGUCAAAAUGUCCUGACUUAAGGACCUGUAAUGUCCUGUCAUGAGGACCUUUGAUGGCCGAGCUGGACAGUGUGUUAGUGCUGCAAUUGAUUUAUGCAAAGUCAACAGAAAUAUUUAGACAGAUUUAUAGCAGGCGGAAGUUGUCGUGAGACUUUUGAAUCUUGGUACAGGUGCUAUGGUCAGACAAAAAUAGGCACAAGAACUUGUUGGUCAGUUAAGACAGGCAAAAGACACUGUUGGUCAGUUAAGACAGCCAGAAGACACUGUUGGUCAGUUAAGACAGCCAGAAGACACUGUUGGCCCCCCACGGACAGGCUGUCAAGCUUUACAGUUGAUGUUAUACACAUAUCUAUUUUCCAGCAUUUGAUUUGAAAAACCUCAAACAGUCACACCAAAGACUAUAACGUUAUUAGAUGGCCUGAGUUGUUUCUUUCAAACUUGGAUAUAUCAAACAUUUGCCUUUUCUCACUUUUGUAAGAAGCAAAUGUUUCUUUUUUUUUUAAAGAAAAGAUUUCUUCUGUUUUGUAAUCCUUGUUGUCCCCGAGUUAUCCCAAUCCCAGGGGGCAAACCGCCAUUUUUUUUCUGCUCAUGUCCAAACAAAUUGAAAGUACUUCUACUUUCUAUGCAUUAUUUUUUUAGCACCGGGCGAAAAUUGGACUUAGAGAUAGUAACAGUUCCCAAGAUGCAAAUGGUCGUCUAACUCAAAUCUCACGGUCAAUGAACGUGCGUGGUAUCCAGCAAGGGAAGCCACUCUGCUUGAGUUAUGCUUCUGUUUGCGGCGGCUGACUAGUUGCCCCUGGUUUGGAGAUGACUUGCCAACACAACUGCUGAGUGUUACCAAAGAAUUUUUUUUUUCAUUUAGUAUUUUCUCAACUUUGUGAUUCUUGCAAGAGAAAAAAAAUGUACCCCCC